ACGGCCUACGUGGUGUGCGGGGUCAUCAGCUUCGCCCUGGCGGUGGGCGUCGGCGCCAAAGUGGCCUUCAGCAAGGCGUCCCGUGCGCCCAGGGCGCAUCGGGAGAUCAACGUGCCCAGGGCUCUGGUGGACAUUCUGAGGCAUCAGGCGGGGCCUGGGACCCGCCCGGACCGGGCACGAAGCAGCUCCUUGACCCCGGGGGUCGGGGGCCCCGACAGCAUUCCCCCGAGGACGCCCAAGAACCUCUACAACACCGUGAAGCCCUCCAAUCUCGAUAAUCUGCACCACAACUACCUGCACCUCAACGUCAACAGCCCCAAGCAUCAUGCCACCACGAUGGAUUGGCGCGCCAUUCCACCACCCAGCCCCUCCUUGCACUACUCCACGCUCUCCUGCUCACGGUCCUUCCACAACCUCUCGCAUCUGCCCCCGUCUUACGAGGCUGCUGUAAAAUCUGAACUCAACCGCUACUCCUCCCUCAAGAGACUGGCUGAGAAGGAUCUGGACGAGGCCUACCUGAAGCGCAGGCACCUGGCGGAGAUGCCCCGCGGGACGCUGCCCCUGCAUACCCUUCGGCGACCCGGCACGGGGGGCGGCUACCGCAUGGAUGCCUGGGGCGGCCCGGAGGAGCUGGGCCUGGCGCCCGCGCCCAACCCGCGGCGGGUCAUGUCCCAGGAGCACCUGCUGGGCGACGGAGGCCGGUCGCGCUACGAAUUCACCCUGCCGCGCGCGCGCCUUGUGUCGCAAGAGCACCUGCUCCUGUCGUCGCCCGAGGCCCUGCGCCAGAGCCGGGAGCACCUGCUGUCGCCCCCGCGCAGCCCCGCGCUGCCCCCGGAGCCUGCCGCCCGCGCGGCCCCGCGCAGCCCCGCGCAGC